AGCUUCAACAGCUAGUAUAGGCCUCUCUUCUCUUUCUCUCUCUCUCUCUCUCUAAGCUCGUUGCCGAGCGAAUCUCACGCACUUCUCCGGCGGAAAUAGUACUCGAGGAACCAGCAGCUCCGGAAGUCGAAGAGCGGAAGCCGCCGGCGACACCCUCCGGCAAUGUGUACCUCACGCGCCGCCGCCCUGCUCGUCUCCCUGCUCGUGAGCUGGGCGAUGUCAGCUCUCGUCUCUGCUCAGGGAUCUACCUCUAGUCCAUGGCAAACUCUAUCUGGAAAUCCACCAUUAGUCAUCGCAAGGGGUGGAUUUUCAGGGAUCUUUCCAGAUUCUAGCUCUGCAGCCUACUCUUUGGCAAUGAUUACAAGUGUACCUAAUGUGGUAUUAUGGUGUGACGUCCAAUUGACAAAAGAUGGGGCUGGCAUAUGUGCUCCGCAGGUCAAGUUGGAUAACUCUACCGACAUUUCAAAUGUUUUCAAUAAUAUGCGUAAAACUUACAUCGUUAAUGGCGUGCGUACUCAAGGAUGGUUCUCCAUUGAUUUCACCCUGCAAGACCUGGCUAAUGUCGCCUUAAUUCAAGGAGUUUAUUCUCGAACUUAUAGGUUCGAUGGCAAUUUCUUCCCCAUACUCAGAGUCCAAGAUGUCAGUCAGUUGAAACCACCCGCAUUAUGGUUGAAUAUUCAGCAUGACAUGUUUUUCACGCAACAUAACUUGAGCAUGAGAAGCUUUGUGAUUUCCACGUCUAAGAGUGUAAUUAUCGAUUAUAUCUCAUCACCAGAAGUGGGUUUCUUAAGAGGAAUUGCUGGACGAGUCAGCCCAACCAAGACAAAAUUGAUCUUCAGGUUUAUGGGACAAGAUGAUAUCGAGCCUUCAACCAACCAGACAUAUGGUUCUAUGUUAAAGAAUCUUACGUUUAUCAAGACAUUUGCUUCUGGGAUACUAGUACCAAAGGUUUAUAUAUGGCCUGUUGAUGUCAGUAGUAACUACUUGCAACCUCAUACCUCUCUUGUCUCAGAUGCUCAUAAAGCAGGGCUCACAGUUUUCGCAGCUGAUUUUGUAAAUGAUGUUCCUCUGAGCUACAAUUACAGUUUCGAUCCCGUGGCUGAGACUUUAUCUUACAUUGACAAUGGUGCAUUCUCUGUAGACGGUGUGCUCACUGAUUUCCCGAUAACUCCUUCCGAAGCCAUUGAUUGUUUUGCCUAUCUAAACAAGAAUAGUUCAGGACAAGCUAUGCCGUUGGUUAUUUCAUUCAAUGGGGCAAGUGGGGAUUAUCCUGGUUGCACUGACUUAGCAUAUUCAAAAGCUAUUUCAGACGGGACUGACAUUAUUGACUGUCCCGUUCAAAUGUCGAAGGAUGGAAUUCCUAUUUGCUUGAGCUCCACAAAUCUCAUAGAUAGCAGUAACGUUGCAACAACAAAAUUUCGCAACCUUAUGACCACAGCUCCGGAGAUUCAGUCGGGGACUGGAAUAUUCAGUUUUAGUCUCACCUGGAGUGAGAUCCAGAUGUUGAUUCCGGCAAUUGUGAGUCCAUAUUCACAGUCCAAAAUAUUCAGAAAUCCAGCCUACAGAAGUGCUGGAAAAUUCCUAUCAUUGUCAGAUUUUCUCACCUUGGCGAAAAAUUCUUCCGUAUCUGGUGUCUUGAUCGGCAUAGAGAACGCUGCCUUCCUUGCCGAAAAUCAGUCAUUGAGCAUAACUGAUGCUGUUCUUGAUGCUUUGAAUAAAGCUGGUUUCAGUAGUAAGACAGGGAAGAAGGUUAUGAUUAAAUCCACCGACAGCUCUGUUCUGAUGAAGAUCAAAGAGAAGGUCAAUUAUGAGCGUGUGUAUGAGGUUGAUGAGUACAUUCGUGAUGCCACUAACGCUACUGUUCUGGAAAUAAAAAGCUUUGCCGACUCUGUGGUUGUCCAGAAGAAUUCUGUCUUCCCAACAAAUCAGGCUUUUCUUACUGGUGUCACAGAUGUUGUGACAAAACUCCAUGCCUUCAAGCUUUCUGUUUAUGUGCAAACAUUCAGCAAUGAAUUUAUGUCCCAAGCAUGGGAUUUUUUCUCAGAUGCAACUGUUGAGGUGAACUCUUUUGUCAUGGGAGGCGAAAUCGAUGGUGUGAUCACUGCUUUCCCAAAGACUUCUGCUUCAUAUAAGAGAAACAAAUGUUUAGGCUUGGGCAGCAAAACCCCUGCCUACAUGAGUCCUGUUCAGCCCGGCAGCCUCUUGCAGCUGAUAACUAUUCCAAUGUUGCCACCUGCUGAAGCUCCAUACCCUGUCCUAGACGAGGCGGAUGUAGCGGAGCCACCAUUGCCCGAUGUACAAAAAGCCGAGGCUCCCGCUCCGACUGAUGGGUCUACUGCACAAGCGCCAUCACAGGUUAAAAGUGGCCAGCCUAAACUCCCUGCUGGUAUCUUCCUUUCGGGUCUAGCUAUGCUCCUCGCAACCUUGUUUCUACUUUGAAAUUUCUAUUCGGCAACUGGCGACUCGAGGCCGACUUCGAUUUUGCCAUUUCAUUAAGCGGAUUUUCGACUAUUCUGGAGGUGUUACUGCUUGUUCAGGGAGCCAACUAUCGGAGCUUUUCCCACUUUUGACUUGAAGCAGUGAAUUAAGUUUCUGUAUUCCAUGGAUUAGGUAGAUUCAUUCUUGUAAUUCGGAAACUUUUUCCUCUAAGGUACAUGCUUAUUUCUCGUUCCUCCUUUUCUCUUUUUCUUCAUUUUCUUUUUUGUAAAGAUAUCAUUCUCGUGUAAUUAGUAUUGUGAACACUGAUUGUUUUCGCCCCCACUAUUUCGCACGCAUUUAAUUCAUCAUCUGCUAUUAGAGAUAA